UUCUCGCCCAGAGGACACCUGAGCUCCGGGGCGAGAAAAGCCCCAUUCGUAAGUGCGGAUCCGACAUAAGUCGGGGACUGCCUAUAGUCUGGGCCCAUGUAGGCUGUGGUGUGCGAGGGGAAUGCGAGGAGUGACUUUCUUCUUCUCGGGGGCCAUAUCAUUGAAGUUGGUUCUUUUUGUGUCUUUUUGUUGUUGUUUGGUUUUUUGCUUCUCGCUUUUGUGCAGAUCCUGACAGAAUUUUUUUGUGGGUCAGCAGCCCCCAGCCCCAGAAAGGUUCUCCAACCCUGUGCUGGGGCAUACAGUUAUUGCAUAUGCUUGUAGAACCAUUUGCUCUUUAUUUAGGGUAAAACUUAACAAUUUCCACCAUGCCAUUAAUUGUGUCUCCCCUUCUGUUACAUUUGCCCACAACAGUUUUCUUAUUUCUAAAGGCAAAUUUCCUUGGAUACCUUCCCGGAUUAUUUGAAUAAUCAAUUGCUGAUUUAUUUCCUGGGCCUUUGUACAGGCUAAUCCUAGGGACACAUUUUCUUGUAUUGAUCCCGUAGUUCCUGCUAACAGUAACAUUUCCUUUUCCUCCUGUGAUUGACAUACUGGCAAUAUUCUAGAAAAUAAUUGUUGUCCCAUCCCUAAUUUUGAUAAGCAUGCACUGACAGGCUUUUCCACCUCUUGUAUUUCAGCCGUGCUUGUUUGCCAGUACCUCUAUAUUGGCAUCUAGUAUUCCAGCUCCUAAUGCAGUUCCACCCAAAAUGAUUUCCAAUUCACGCCUUGGGGUUCUUUUUCUUAUGGGUUUGACAUUAUACCAUAAUUCUAGCCAUGCUGCCCACCCCUAAUGGAAUGUACAUAUGGGGCACAAUGAGCACCUUGGGCACAAUUAACCCAGUAAGGUCCUGCUCACUUUGAUUUAGAGAUCAUAUUGGUGACAUAAUGGCUUGCUCUCUCUGAUCCAGUUUUAUUGCAUGUGGUGCAUUUAAUGGGUGUCGUCUUGAUUUUUUUCAAGGGCUCCCCCCGAGCCAAAUUAACUCCUCUGGGAACCUGGGGUUUGUAGAUUUUGUGGGGCCCCUAAGCUCUGGGGUGGGAACAACAUUAAGGGGCUCAAUAUGUGGGAGGGGGCUUUAUCAGGGGCAGCAAGGGGUGGGACCAGGAGCCUGUGCUGGGGGUAGCCAGUUCAAAAGCUGGUUCCCCUAGCACCAUCUCUGCAGGGGACAGAGAGGCAGCGAUGCAGUGGGAGACCUGCACCUCUGCUUUUUCAAUGUAGUUAGAGCCCUCAGCAUCUGGGACCCCACGUGAGCUAGGACUUGGUUCCCUGGAUCGUACCUGGCCCCAGACCACUGCAGCUCUGCCUUUUGAAUGUGGUAAAAGCUUGGUAGCUGUUACUUAUGCUGACAGUGCAUCCUGAAAAAUCCAUGACAGUCCCGAUUUUUAAUUUCCUGUCCUGGUGGUGUACUUAAAGUAUUGCAUGGGAUCUUUUAGGGAGGAAAGUCAAAAUGACACACACAUCAAUCAACACUUAUCGUAUGCUUAUGAUAUGUCACACUUAUGAACUCGCAUACACACACAAGCACACUCCAUCUUGUUGUUACCAGUAGUUGCUCCCCCUAACUGUACUGGCCAGGUGAGUUAGGUGGGGGAGGGGUGGAGCUGGGCUUCUGCUGAUCCAGAUUGGUGCUCCCAUGUUGACAAGAUGAAACCCAGAGUUCCCCUACAAGAUGCCUUUGAUUUAUAGUGUUUUCCCUCUCCUGCAGAUCUAUACCAGUUACUCAUCACAUGCAUAUGCAUCAUCUGUGAGGGUCAUCACAGGCAUAUGCAGUUAGACAUCUGUGGCCCCUUCUUCUGGGCCUCAGUGCUGCCACACUCACCUUCAAAGAGGGUGCUUCCAAAAGCAGGGUCUGAGCCAACAGGGCUGAUCCGGUGCUGCUCUGAUUUCUGCCCAGGAUUUGGUGUCAGACCAGAGUCACUGCUGCCCAAUCCUAACAAGGAGCGGAACUGGGAGCUGAAGACUCACGUCUCCACUUUGCUCCGGAUCGUCCCAUCUUGCAGGAUGCAGGGCAGGGAAAUGGCUGUGGUGGAGCUGACUCAGAUGCUGGUGACUUUCGAGGAGGUGGCUGUGUAUUUCACCGCAGGGCAGGGGGCGCUGCUGAAUCCUGUGCAGAGAGCCAUCUACGAGGACAUCAUGCAGGAGAACUAUGAGACAGUGGCCUCGCUGGGAUUCUCCAUUUCCAAACCUGACCUGAUCUUCCGGCUGGAACGAGGGGAAGAGCCAUGGGUCCCAGAUCUCCAGCCAUUCAAAGAAAUGGAGAUCCUGAGAGGCACCCCCACAGAUAAUGGGAGGCUGAAUGAGAACCAUGACAAAAGUCUUCAGAAUGAAGGACCAGAGCAAAUGGCUCCAUGUGGGAUGAUGUUGGGAAUAUCUGAAGGGCAUGUUUCUCAGAGUCCUAAGCAAGGAGAGACCUGUAAGAGACAGCAUAGCCCACAAAGGCAGCAGGAAAGCCAUCCAGGAGGGGGACAGGAUAAUUCCAGUUACAGAAGCAGGAGGUUGAAAACAAACGCAGAAAUUGUUCAACAGAAAAUCCCCCAUCAACAGUCACCCUGUGCUUGCAGUCACUGUGCAACUCUUAUUAAACAUGGAAGAGCCUACACAGGAGAGAAAUCCUUCAGCUGCUCUGACUGUGGGAAAACCUUCCAUCAGAGAUCACAGGUUGUUAGACACAGGAGAACCCACACAGGGGAGAAACCCAUAAUGUGCUCUGACUGUGGAGAAAGCAUUACUCAUAAUUCAAACCUUGUUAAACAUGGAAAGACCCAUGCAGGAAAGAAACCUUUCAACUGCUCUGACUGUGGGAAAAGCUUCAGUCAGAGGUCACUCCUUGUUAAGCAUAGGAGAACUCACACAGGAGAGAGACCCUUUAGCUGCUCUGACUGUAGGAAAAGCUUCAGUCAGAAGUGUCUCCUUGUUAAGCAUAGGAGAACCCACACAGGAGAGAAACCCUUCAGCUGCUCUGACUGUGGGAAAAGCUUCAGUCAGAGGUCACUCCUUGUUAAGCAUAGGAGAACUCACACAGGAGAGAGACCCUUUAGCUGCUCUGACUGUAGGAAAAGCUUCAGUCAGAAGUGUCUCCUUGUUAAGCAUAGGAGAACCCACACAGGAGAGAAACCCUUCAGCUGCUCUGACUGUGGGAAAAGCUUCAGUCAGAGGUCACUCCUUGUUAAGCAUAGGAGAACUCACACAGGAGAGAGACCCUUUAGCUGCUCUGACUGUAGGAAAAGCUUCAGUCAGAAGUGUCUCCUUGUUAAGCAUAGGAGAACCCACACAGGAGAGAAACCCUUCAGCUGCUCUGACUGUGGGAAAAGCUUCAGUCAGAGGUCACUCCUUGUUAAGCAUAGGAGAACUCACACAGGAGAGAGACCCUUUAGCUGCUCUGACUGUAGGAAAAGCUUCAGUCAGAAGUGUCUCCUUGUUAAGCAUAGGAGAACCCACACAGGAGAGAAACCCUUCAGCUGCUCUGACUGUGGGAAAAGCUUCAGUCAGAGGUCACUCCUUGUUAAGCAUAGGAGAACUCACACAGGAGAGAGACCCUUUAGCUGCUCUGACUAG